AUGGCGUCCCCGUCGGCGUCGUGGCUGCUCGCGCCGAUCCGCGCGCCCCGGGCGCUGCCGCCGCUGCCCGGGGCGAUGGAGGAUGCGCUCACCCGAGCGGGGACGUGCGGGAUGAAGGCGGCGACGGCGACGCGCGGCCCCGCGAGCGCGCCGAACGCCGGGGAGUCCCCGGAUCGCAAGAGGAAAUCUUCCGCGUCCGCGCCCGGGGCGACGACGAACCCGUUCACGCUCGCGAAGAGAGCGUCGUCGACGCCGUCGAACGUCACGAAGCCCGCGAACGCGCCAUUACCCGCGGGGGACUACGCCGUCGAGCCGUCGUCGCAUCCGGGGUCCGUGGUGCGAUACGAGCCGCGCGCGUUCCCGUGCGCGCCGGACGACUACGCCGAGAUCUGGGCCUUCAGCGAUCGCGUCGCGCGGACGCGGAACCCUCUGAACGCGAACACGUUCAUCAAGCGCAAGCAGGCGACGUUCGGCGCGCGGUACAAGUUCGGCGCGCAAGUCAGCGCGCGCGUGGAAGAACCACCAGAGGCGUGGCCGCGACUCGUGUCCGCGUGCGUGGACGACGCGCUCGGACGCGUCCGCGACGCCAAGCGCGACGCCUUCGCCGCCGGCGUCGCCGCGCACGUGAACUGGUACCCGGACGCGUCCGCGGGGAUGGGACGGCACGCGGACGCGGAGGAAGACCUGAUCCCGGACGCGCCGAUAUUCUCGUACUCGUUCGCGUCCGGGGGGGACGCGUCGCCGCCGAGGUUGUUCGACCUGUACCGCGGGAGAGGCGCGAAGAAGCCGUUCGCGACGGUGCCGCUGUCGCACGGAGACGUGCUGACGAUGGACGGGACGACGCAGAGGACGCACGAGCACGGGGUGCGCGCGAGCGCGAGCAAAGAGGGGAUGAGGCACAGCCGGGUGAACAUCACGGUCAGGGCGUUUAAGCCGGGGUCGGACGCGAUGCGAUGAGAGGAGGGCCUCGGACGUAAAAGUAGUCUCUAGUUAGAAGUACAGUACCGUAGUAGCU